GAGGUUUUGAGCUAGGGGCCUGUGCUGAUCAGUUUGCCCCCGGGUGAAAGUUACAGAGAAUCCGGCGACCUAGCCCCGGACUCCCGGUCUUGCCAGAUAGUUCUAUGUGACUGCAAUAACUCUCUCAAGUCACUUCGAUUCUUUUCUGGAAGGUUAUGAGUGCCUUGUGUGAACUAAAGGCAUUGGAAAGCGGAGGCCCUUAGAGUGGGAUGGCUGCACGGCCAUACCCUUAUGAUAGUAAUUCUAGUGAUCCAGAAAAUUGGGAUCGGCGAUCUCAUAACAGACCUCGCAGACUCUAUAAGCACUCCAGUGCUCCUUCACGUACACCAAAGCUUGGGACAGCACGUAUUAGCAAAAUGAGCCUCCAUGCAGCCACCGGGUACGAGCGAUCACGUGAUCGGCGCAGGUCAAGUGAUCGCUCUCGCGACUCGUCACACGAAAGGACAGAAGGGCAGCUCACUCCAUGCAUUAGGAACGUAACUUCGCCAACUAGGCAGCAUCAUGGUGACAGAGAAAAGGAUCACACUUCAACAUCACGACCUAGCAGCCCUCGUCUUCAAAAGAUUUCCCCAAAUGGCUCCAGCAGUGUUGGCAACAUCAGCCGAAAUUGUAGCCAAUCCAGUGCUGAUGGAACAUGCAAGUCAGCAGGCGAGAUGGUUUUUGUGUACGAGAAUGUAAAAGAAGGAACUCGAAGCGUCCGCACUUCAGAACGAGUUACGCUCAUUGUCGACAACACCAGAUUUGUUGUGGAUCCUUCCAUUUUCACUGCACAACCCAACACAAUGCUGGGCAGGAUGUUUGGGUCAGGUAGAGAACACAAUUUCACACGUCCGAAUGAAAAGGGAGAAUACGAGGUGGCAGAAGGAAUCAGCUCUACAGUAUUUCGAGCUAUUUUGGAUUACUACAAGACUGGUAUAAUCCGCUGUCCCGAUGGAAUCUCAAUACCUGAACUGAGAGAAGCUUGUGACUACCUCUGCAUCUCCUUUGAUUACAGUACCAUCAAAUGCAGAGAUCUCAGUGCUCUCAUGCACGAACUCUCCAACGAUGGAGCACGCAAACAGUUUGAAUCUUACCUGGAGGAAAUGAUUCUUCCACUGAUGGUGGCCAGCGCCCAGAGUGGUGACCGAGAGUGCCACAUUGUAGUAUUAACCGAUGAUGAUGUGGUUGACUGGGAUGAGGAGUAUCCACCGCAGAUGGGAGAGGAAUAUUCACAAAUUAUUUACAGUACAAAGUUAUACCGAUUCUUCAAAUAUAUCGAGAACCGAGACGUAGCCAAGACUGUUCUAAAAGAGCGAGGAUUGAAGAAGAUCAGAUUGGGUAUUGAAGGUUACCCCACGUACAAGGAGAAGGUAAAAAAAAGGCCGGGUGGCCGGCCUGAGGUCAUCUACAACUAUGUCCAGCGACCAUUCAUCAGGAUGUCCUGGGAGAAGGAAGAGGGCAAGAGCCGCCAUGUCGAUUUCCAGUGUGUGAAGAGCAAGUCCAUUACCAACCUGGCGGCAGCAGCAGCGGAUAUCCCACAGGACCAGCUGGUGGUCAUGCACCCAACGCCACAGGUGGACGAGCUGGAUGUUCUGCCCAACCACCCUGCCAACAGCAGUAACGACCUGGAGCUUGACCCCCAACCCCCAGCUGUCUGACAAUGCGUGUGAUGGGGGUGGGGGGGAAGAGGAGGCUGUUAAGCAUGCUGCUGGUGAUUGACGUCGUCCUGAUGCGUUUCUGUGCAAGACAGUGUGUCAGCAUCAUACACCAAUAUGAACAAAGUAUGAUCACAACCAAGUGACCUGCUACACGUCUUAAGUUAAACUUUUUUUUUUAUCAUCUACAUUGCCAAAAGUAAAUGGCUUUUGGUGUUGGGAAGAAGGGAGAGGAAUGCCUUUGCUGUUGUUUCUUCUUCCUCCACAUUCUUAUUUUUAAAUGCACACCGUUACUUAAAAAGGCUGUUGCAGUCUAGGUGCUACGUAUCGGGGAAUGGCUUUGGUCUGUACUUGUCUUUUAGCCAAGUGUUCCGUGAAAUGCAAUUAAAUUUCUGCUGGCGCAGCACACUCAACACAACGUGUGGUGACAGUUUAGUGAAAGGGAAUGUUCAGAUCUUGCACACCAAAUUAACCCUGGUGGUUCAAAGUACUUGCUCUUCAGGUUGGUGUGGGGUAUAAAGUAUAUAUUCUAGGUAUUGCUGUAUGCCAGAGGUUAUUGCUGUCCAGUGGAGCCAUUUUGAAGUCUUUUAAUUUUCUGAAGUAUAUGUACAUGUUGCAGGAGUGUUCCUUGUAUUUCUAACAGCUGAUGAAUGAUUAUAUAAAUAAACAUCACAAGCAUU